AUGGAAGUCAUAGCACCCCACAUCAGCGUCCACUCGGCCUCCAUCUCCUCCCAGCAAUUGUCCCUCAGCGAGGAGAACGGGCGAUACAUCAUCCCCAUCUCUCAGGCAUCUCGCCGUGCUAAAGAUAGCCUCGUCGUCCGAUUUUCGAGCAAAGGCAAAGAUGGCUCAGUCGGCGAAGUGGCAUUGCGCACAGCGCCUGGCAAGUCGCUCAGGAAGAAUGGAUGGGAGCGGUUGAGAGUGGACUGUGGAUACUCUUCGAAAGGGACGGAAAAGAUACGUGCUGCCCAUCUCGACCGCCGCUCCCGUCGGGCCUCUUCUAUCGGGGGUGGGGUGGAGAAAAUCAAGGGCGGGUAUCAUGCCUAUCGUCUUUUGAAAGACGGAAGGGAUAUAUUGAUGCUAUCUGAUGAGCCGAAUACCGCGGACUUUAUGUCUCUUAUACCUGACGAGACGCCUCUAGGCCUGUUGACCCUUGCGGGCACUCAUGAAUCUUGCGCUCUCUAUGGCUAUCCGUUAUCACAGUGUCAACAGUCGAGCACCACUAUAGAGCAGCAGCUGCUCGACGGCAUCCGGUUCUUGGACGUCCGUCUGCGGGUAGUAGACGACCAGCUACUGAUGUACCACGGCCCCCGUUCCCAGCGAUCCUCCCUCCCAGCUCUCCUAUCGGUCCUCCACGACUUUCUCACAGCUCACCCAACCGAGACCCUCAUCCUCUGCCUCAAAGAGGAAUCUCCACCCUUCCACCCAUCCUUCUCUGCCCGUGUCUACUCUGCUUUCGAGCCGUAUAUCGAAAAGUUUUGGUUCUUGGAAGAGCGGAUACCAAAACUCGGAGAGGUACGGGGUAAGGGCAUGUUGAUGACGAGGUUUGAUCGAGAUAAGGAAGAUGGAGAGGGACAAUGGCCGGCCGGGAUGGGAAUACAUCCGAGUACGUGGCCAGACUCCAAGAAGGAAGGGUUCGAGUGGGAUUGUGGAGGGACAAGGGUCAGGACGCAAGAUUGGUAUCGGGUGCAUACCUUCUUGUCCAUACCGGAGAAGUUCGCGACGAUAACGGCACAUCUCAAGCCCACGUUGACUGCUGCUCCGGUGCUGAAUCCCUCCUUCACCCUCUCCUACACCUCCGCCUCAUACUUUCCCCUAGCCCUCCCUACUACCAUCGCCAAAGGCUUUGGCUGGCCCGCCUGGGGUCUGGGGGUGGAGGGGAUAAACACGAGACUGUGUAGAGCGAUCUUAGAGUGGAUGGCAGAUGGAAAGAGGAUAAGGGGCUGUUUGGCGAUGGAUUUCUAUCGGCAAUGUGCGGGGAUUGAAGGGCUGGCGGGCUUGCUGGUUCAGAUGAAUUCUAUAGAGUAG